AUGCUCCAGAUGUCGGUUCCAAAGUUCUCCGGCGCGUGUGUCGAUUGGCCAGGCUAUUAUGAUUCCUUCACGGGCCUAAUCCAUAACAACGCCAAUCUAAGUAGUGUGCAGAAGUUGCACUUUCUCAAGGAGCCGCUGCCGAGGGACCACGAUAAUGACUUCCGUCAAAUGCAGCUCCCGGAAGGGAACUAUUCGGUGGCUUGGGGAUUGAUGAUCAAGAAGCUACAGAAGGACAACACAGAGUUAAUACGGUCGAUGCUAAGCAUGGUCAAUGCUUGUCUGGCUGCAUUCCGCUGCGUUCAAGCUUUGGACGGGGAAUCGCAGCACUGGCUGGCAAUGAGCGGUGUGCAGCCGCAUCCUGUCCGGCCUGUGGACCCGACUCCUAGUGCACCUGCACACAGGGAGAUCCGACAAUGGUUCUAG